CGUCACGUAUUACGUAAUCACACAGCGACUGUAAAUUUAACACGAGGAUGUGUCACUGUACAUUUAAAUUAAGUAUUUUAGUUUUUAUUUAGUUACAACACGUCCAGAAAAGUUCGUAUUAAGCCUCUAACAACGGGAUUAGGUGGAAAUGGGGGAUUUCUCAUCGCUGGGCCUGUCAGACUGGCUGGUUAAACAGUGUAAACAGUUGGGAAUCAACAAACCCACUCCUGUCCAGGAAAACUGCUUGCCAGCUAUCCUCGCCGGUCGGGAUUGUAUGGGCUGUGCCAAAACUGGAAGUGGAAAGACAGCAGCGUUUGUGUUGCCGGUGCUCCAGAAACUCUCAGAGGAACCAUAUGGCAUCUUCUGCCUGGUGCUUACUCCUACCAGGGAGCUGGCCUAUCAGAUCGCAGAACAGUUCCGAGUUCUGGGGAAGCCUCUGGGUCUGAGGGACUGCAUCAUCGUCGGUGGAAUGGACAUAGUGAGUCAAGCCCAGGAGCUGUCCAACCAGCCUCAUGUGGUGGUAGCAACACCGGGUCGACUGGCUGAUCACAUCCGCAGCUCCAACACAUUCAGUAUGAGCAAGAUCCAGUUCCUGAUUUUGGAUGAGGCAGACCGGCUGCUGGAACAGGGUUGUACCGACUUCACCAAAGACCUGGAGGUGAUUCUGGGGAUCCUGCCAGCCAAACGUCAGACGUUGCUGUUCAGCGCCACGCUGACAGACACUCUGCAGGAGCUGAAGAACAUCGCUAUGAACAAACCUUUCUUCUGGGAGAGCACGUCAGAAACACGGACAGUGGAGGAGCUGGACCAGAGAUACAUCCUCACACCAGAGAAGGUGAAAGACGCUUACCUCGUCCACCUGAUCCAGACGUUUACCGACGAGCAUGAUGACUGGUCCAUCAUCAUCUUCACCAACACUUGCAAAAACUGCCAGAUUCUCACCAUGAUGCUGCGAGAAUUUAACUUUCCAACAAUCUCCCUGCACUCCAUGAUGAAACAGAAACAACGAUUUGCAAACCUCGCCAAGUUCAAAGCCAGCGUCUAUAAAAUCCUGAUUGCAACUGAUGUAGCUGCCAGGGGUUUGGAUAUUCCAACUGUCCAGGUUGUCAUUAACCAUAACACACCCGGGCUUCCAAAAAUCUACAUCCACAGAGUUGGGCGAACAGCUAGAGCAGGGAGGAAUGGCGUGUCCAUCACGCUGGUGACGCAGUACGACAUCCACCUGGUUCAUGCCAUCGAAGAGCAGACAAAGACAAAGCUGAAGGAAUAUCCUGUAGAGGAAAAGGAAGUCUUGAAAAUCCUCACGCAAGUCAACGUGACCCGACGAGAGUGUGAAAUAAGACUUGAAUCAACAGACUUUGAUGAGAAGAAAGAAAUCAACAAGAGGAAACAGCUGAUCCUGGAGGGGAAGGAUCCGGAACUGGAGGCCAAAAGGAAGGCCGAGCUGGAGAAAAUCAAGAGCCAGAAGAAGAAAUUUAAACAGAAAAUCCAGGAGAGCAUUCAGAGACAGAAACAUGGACAGCUGAAAAAGAAACUGACAAAGACAAAACAUGUUAAAAAGAAGAAGGCAAAGACGGCAGCAUCAUGAAAACUGUCUGGCAUAUUCAAAGUUUUAUUUCUGUAUAAUAUGUGCUGAACCUGCAAAUAAAUUUCAUACCAUUAAAA